AGAAUAAGUAUUCAAAACCGCCAUUUAAUACAAGUUGUAUCAGCAACAUUUAAGUAAAGACCAGAACAUGCAUAACAUGGUCUAUUAGCCUCUGGGGGCACAGGAGCACCGAUACCAGGACUGCACUGGGCAGACUGACAGUAACCGAUGUCGUCAAAUGGAAAUUUUGUCAAGGGAGUCACUUCCGCUUUUUUAAAUACCACAGAAUGGAAGUAAUUUAAGUAUUAUGUGUAGUAAAGCAUUUCAUCAUAAUCCCUGUUUAGCGUACACCUGGUGAGAGGUAUUGUGUUCAGUCAUGUGAGUGCACCUCUGUGUCUGUCCACAGAACAUUUAGUAUUCUGCUGCAGCAAACUGCAUAAUACUCCUGUUUGCUGUCACUUACACUCCCAUUGACGCCUUACUGCUCACUCGCCACAAUAGAACUACCAGUAUUCACAGUGCUGUGCCUCUCAACAUGGUGGAUUUAUAAGACGACUUCCAGCACCUUGCUUGCAUGACGUUACAUUGCGGCUUGUUUUUGAGGUGUGGAUGAGGCUCUCAACAUGGCGAUGGCUGAAGGUGCUAACAACACAAACUGUGCAAGCAACAUGGGGUCACUGGCCAUUGAUGUGGGCUGAAAAAAUAGGGAAACAGUUGGGCCACCCGACACGUACAGUGGCAGGGUGGCUGGUCAGUAGGUACCUCCAAGUGUUCAACCACAUUCUUGAAGAGAGUGCUGUGCAGCUGUGUGGGAUCCAACCUGGGGACACAGUGCUGGAGCUGGGUCACGGCCCUGGUCUGGGUCUGCAGUCAGCAGCCAAACUGCUCACAGAGCCCACAGGCUGGCUAAUAGGGGUGGAUUACUCAGCAUACAUGCAUCAGAUGGCAAGUGAGCGAUUGAAGGCAUGUGUAGCCAGUGGGAAAGUGACUCUACACCACUGUGAUGUCGCGAAAAUGCCUCUGGCAGACAGCCUUGUGGAUAGAGUAUUUCAUUGUAACUGCUACUACUUCUGGCCUGAUCUCAGGAAGGGAGCCACGGAGAUACACCGUGUAAUGAAACCAGGCGGUGUGAUGGUGGCCGUGCUGAGGCUGUCAAGCAUUGCUGCUAUCGCAGCAAAGCAAGUGUUGCCAGGGGAGAACUGGCGGCCAGAGGCCUACAUGGCAGCUCUGAGAGACACUGGCUUCACUGAUGUCAGGAUGGAAGACAGACGGCACAAACACAUUACUGUUCAGGCUAUCUAUGCUUCUGCCUCAAAAUGAGAUUUAAACCAAACUGCAAGUGUGAGAUUGUGUGCAGUCUAACCACUUUUGUGAUUAGUAGGAUUUGUAUGUAUACAUUUAUGAGUCAAGUUAUACUUUUUGAAGAUCGGAAUGUUAUAAUGUUUUGUAAUAAACAAAUACAUCAUCA